AUGGACUGGGACGCGCUUCAAUGGCAGUACGAGCCACACAGAGACGGAUUUUACUUCUGCAGGCCAAAGAUGUCUCAAACAAUUGAUCACAUCGCCUUAAGUAUAGACCAAGAGCUUGCUUGCUUACCUCCUACACCAUUGAAUCCUUGCAUUUUCAAAGUGUUCCGCGAACUGCGCAUUGAAAAUGAGAAAGCCUAUGAACCAAAAAUAAUUGCGAUUGGUCCUUUUCACCACGGUAAAGACAACUUACAAGAGAUGGAAGAGCACAAAAUGCGGUACCUACAACUAUUGCUUCAUCGGAGAAAUGAGAAGAGUGUGAAUAAAUACGUUAUGGCCCUAAGUGACAUGGAAGAGAGGACGAGAACAUGUUAUGCAGAAUCUAGUGGCCUCAACAAAGUUGAGUUUGUGAAAAUGGUGCUUCUCGACGGGAUAUUUGUCAUUGAAUUAUUUCGCAAGUGGAAUGCUCGAUCGAGUUAUACAAAUGACCCUAUUGUUCAAUCUUCUAGAAUGCUAGGUGUCAUAUGUGGUGAUUUAUUACUAUUGGAAAAUCAACUUCCAUUUUUUAUCCUUGUCCACUUGUUCAACAUGACGAGAGAUUCAGACACACAAGAAGACAUUAGUCAUCUGGCAUUGUCUUUGCUGGACAAUAUAUUGCCAGGGCCAGCAGUUUCACACGUUUCGAAUAUACCAGAGGACGAAGUCAAGCAUCUACUUCACCUAAUACAUGGUAGUAUGUGCUAUUCAUUUGCUAAAAAAGUCGAGUCCUGUGGUGAGGUUACCAGAUUCGAGGUCGACAAAUUCGAGUUAAUAAAUACUAUCACAGAUCUCCAAGAGGCUGGAAUUGCAUUCAAGGUGGAUGAGGGAAGUAACAAUUUGUUUGAUAUUAAGUUCAAUAAUGGGUUGAUGGAAAUUCCCCGAUUGCUUAUUGGUGAUGACACUGAAUCCAUCUUACGAAACUUAAUUGCAUAUGAACAGUUUCUUCCUGAUGAGACUCAUCGAAGAUAUGUCACUGAUUAUGCCCUACUUAUGGAUUGCCUUGUCAACUCUCCAAAGGAUGCCUCAUUUCUUCGCUGCUGUAGAAUUAUCACCAAUGGUUUAGGUGAUGGCAUUGUGGUUUGCAACACGUUAAACAAGCUUGUCAACAGUGUCACGCUCUCGACAAAGUUUAGUUACUUUCAAGUUUUCAACAACUUGAAUAAGCAUUGCAAGUCACCUUACAACAAAUGGAUGGCAAACUUAAGACACAAUUAUUUCAACAGCCCAUGGGCACUCAUUUCAUUUCUGGCUGCUGUUGUGCUCCUCCUACUCACUGUGGCACAAACUAUAUUUUCUGCUCUUUCCUAUUUCUAA